AUGGCAGGGACAGUAGAGUUUAGUGGCAUAAGAAGGAAAAACAGAAAUAGAAGCAAGGGCGCUGACAGGCUUCAGUCCUGGCAUGGGGAGACAGGAAGCAAGGGGAACAUAAGACAAGCUUCUUUCGGAAUUUCAGCUAGCUUCAACAUCUUCCCAUCACUGCUGACAAAUGUAGCAAUAACACCUGCUAAUCCUGCUCACAAUGGCCGUGUGUGCAGCACGUGGGGCAAGUUCCACUUCAAGACCUUCGACGGGGACAUAUUCACCUUCCCCGGGCUCUGUAAUUACGUUUUUGCCUCCCACUGCAACGCUCCCUAUGAGGAUUUCAACAUCCAGAUUAGGCGUGAAGUGGUGGCAAACACUCCGACAAUCAACCGCAUCACCAUGAAACUGGAAGGUGUCGUUGCCGAGCUAACAAAAGAUGCUGUCAUGGUCGAUGGCAACAGAGUUCAACUGCCAUAUAGUCAAUCUGGUAUUACGAUGGAGAAGAGCAGCAUUUAUGUGAAAGUUGGCAGCAAAAUCGGUGUUGUGUUAUUGUGGAAUGAAAAGGACAGUAUUCUGCUGGAAUUGAAUGAGAAAUAUGCCAAUCAGACUUGUGGGCUUUGUGGUGACUUCAAUGGCUUUCCCAUAUACAAUGAGUUCAUUUCAAACAAUAUUAAGAUGACAGCCUUGCAGUUUGGGAAUCUGCAGAAAAUGGAUGGGCCAACAGAACACUGUGAAGAUGCCACUUCUAUCCCAACAUAUAACUGCUCUGAUGAUCUUGAUGACAUAUGCGAGAAAACACUGACCAGCUCUGCAUUUGCCGACUGUAAUGACCUAGUUGAUGUUAAAGACUACAUUAAGGCUUGCCAAGAUGACUUGUGCAGCUCUGAAGAAUCUAAAAACAGCUCAUGCAUCUGUGACACCAUUGCCGAGUACUCCCGGCAGUGUGCUCAUGCUGGUGGGCAGCCCCUGGACUGGAGAACUUCAAAACUGUGCCCCAAGACGUGUCCUUACAACAUGCAGUACCAGGAGUGCAACUCCCCCUGUACUGACACAUGCACGAAUCCUGAACGAUCUCUGUUUUGUGAAGAACACUGUAUCGAUGGCUGUUUCUGCCCCCCAGGGACUGUAUUUGAUGACAUCAACAAUUCUGGCUGCAUUCCCCAGCAGGAGUGCUCCUGUAUUUACAAUGGCAAAACCUAUGCUACAGGAGCUUCUUUUUCAGAACCAUGCCAGACCUGUACCUGUAAUGGGGGCCAGUGGAGCUGCCAAGACAAGUCCUGCCCAGGAACGUGCUCUGUAGUGGGAGGUUCCCACAUUUCCACCUAUGAUACGAAGCACUAUGAUCACCACGGAGACUGCACCUACGUCCUCUCUAAGGACUGUACAGAUGAAAAAUUUACCAUCCUGGCAGAACUACGCAAGUGUGGCCUGACUGACACUGAGACCUGCCUGAAGUCAGUGACCCUCAACAUGAAUAAAGGACAAACUAUCGUGGAGGUCAAACCUGAUGGCGGUGUGUUUGUGAACUCCAUCUACACCCAGCUGCCCAUUUCAGCAGCUAAUGUCACCAUGUUCAGACCUUCCUCAUUCUUCAUGAUCAUGGACACAAGCUUUGGCAUCCAGGUGGAAGUGCAGUUCACACCCGUGAUGCAAGUGUUUGUGCGUCUGGAUGCUUCUUUCAAAAACCAGACUUGUGGUCUCUGUGGAAAUUUCAAUAACAUCCAAACUGACGACUUCAAGGUCAUAAGUGGAAUAAUUGAAGGAACAGCAUCAGCAUUUGCUAAUACAUGGAAAACUCAGGCCUCAUGCCCUAAUAUCCAGCAGAGUUUUGAGAAUCCUUGUGCACUCAGCAUUGAUAAUGAAAAAUACGCUCAGCAUUGGUGUGGACUGCUCACUGACAGCACAGGACCUUUUGCUGCUUGUCACUAUGCAGUGAAUCCCGCUGUUUACCACACGAACUGCAUGUUUGACACAUGUAACUGUGAAAAUAGCGAGGACUGUCUGUGUGCAGCUCUGUCUGCCUAUGUGAGAGCUUGUGCUGCAAAAGGAAUCCAGCUGCAGGGAUGGAGGGCUGAUGUCUGCACAAAAUACACCACCUCAUGUCCCAAAUCCCUGAGCUACAGCUAUACCAUCUCUUCCUGCCAACCCACCUGCCGCUCUCUGAGUGAGCCUGAUGUCACAUGCAAUAUUAAGUUUGUCCCAGUUGAUGGCUGCACCUGUGUAAAUGGAACCUACAUGGAUGAGAGUGGCAAAUGUGUGCCUGCUAAUGAGUGCCCCUGCUACUACAAAGGAUCUCCUAUACCAUUUGGAGAAGUGGUCCAUGAAAAUGGGCGUGUAUGCACUUGUGUCCAGGGAAGACUGAAUUGCAUUGGAGCACCAAAUCCAACUUCAGUCUGUGAAUCUCCCAUGGUCUACUUUGACUGUAAAAACAACACAGCAGGAACAACUGGAGCAGAAUGUCAAAAAAGUUGCCAGACUCUGGAUAUGCAGUGUUAUAGCUCACAAUGUACAUCUGGCUGCAUAUGCCCAGAUGGGCUUGUGUUAGAUGGGAAUGGUGGUUGUAUUCCUGAAGAGGAAUGUCCAUGUAUUCACAAUGAAGCCAUGUAUCAGCCUGGAGAAAAGAUCAACUUCGACUGUAACACCUGUGUAUGCAAGAAUAGGAAGUGGGAAUGUACCAAAGAUCAAUGUCUGGGCACUUGUGCUGUUUAUGGAGAUGGUCAUUAUAACACCUUUGAUGACAAAAGGUUCAGCUUCAAUGGAAACUGUGAAUACACACUAGUCCAGGACCACUGUGGCAAAAGUGGCACAGUCAACGGGACCUUCAGGGUUGCCACUGAAAAUGUUCCCUGUGGCAACACUGGGACAACUUGCUCAAAGUCUAUCAAAGUUUUCUUAGAGAGCUAUGAGCUGAUCCUUGGCGAAGAGCGUGUCAGUGUCGUAAAGAGAGGGCAGAAUGACGAGGUGCCAUACACAGUCCGCUAUAUGGGGAUGUACCUGGUAAUUGAGACCAAAAGUGGGCUGAUCCUCAUGUGGGACAAGCACACCAGCAUCUUCAUCAAGCUCAGCCCUCGUUUCAAGGGCCAGGUCUGUGGUCUCUGUGGAAAUUAUGAUGGCAACAGCGUCAAUGACUUUACUACAAGGAGUCAGUCUGUAGUAGAGAAUGUCCUAGAGUUUGGAAACAGCUGGAAAGUAUCCUCUACGUGCCCUGAUGCUGCCAGUGUCAAGGACCCAUGUUCUACCAACCCUUAUCGGAAGUCCUGGUCAGAGAAGCAGUGUAGCAUCAUCAACAGCAAUGUCUUUGCUGCCUGUCACUCUCAGGUUGAACCAGCAAAAUAUUACCAAGCAUGUGUGACAGAUGCUUGUGCCUGUGACACUGGAGGAGACUGUGAUUGCUUUUGUACAGCAGUAGCUGCCUAUGCUCAAGCAUGCAGUGAAGUUGGUGUAUGCAUAGCCUGGAGAAGCCCAACAAUUUGUCCACUGUUCUGUGAUUACUACAAUCAGCAAGGAGAAUGUGAAUGGCACUAUAAGCCUUGUGGUGCUUCCUGUAUGAAGACCUGUAAGAACCCAAGUGGAAAAUGUCUCAAUGACCUGCCAGGUUUAGAAGGCUGCUACCCUAACUGCCCACCUGACAAGCCAUAUUUUCAUGAGGAUCAGAUGAAGUGUGUUAGUCUCUGUGACUGUUAUGAUGAUGAAGAUGGAAAGAUAUAUCAGCGAGAUGAAUGUAGUAUAUGUGAGUGCACAUCAGAAGGUUUACAGUGCAAGUUCGAUGAUAAAGCCUGCAACUGCAUUUAUGAAGAGAAUAGCUAUAAAUAUGGUGAACUCAUCUACAACACCACAGAUGGAACUGGAUGGUGUUUCAGUGCAACAUGCGAUGUCAAUGGAACAAUAAGCAGAAACAUCUUUAAAUGUGGCAUUUUUACAACAACCCCAUUUACAUUUUCCACAAGUCAGCCCACAACUACUGCUUCAGAAAUUACAACUGCAACACCAGUGACAACUGUAUGUGUGAAAAAUGUCUGUGUGUGGUCAGAAUGGUAUGAUUCCACUCAGCCUGAAAAGAAAGAGGACAGUGGAGAUUAUGAAACAUAUCAAAAUCUCAAGGAUAAAGGAUACAGUGUCUGUACAAACCCAAGCGAUGUUCAAUGCAGAGCCAAAGAACACCCAGAUACUGAAAUUACCAACCUUAACCAAACAAUAGAGUGUAGUCAAAGCAGAGGAUUAAUAUGCAAUAACCAGGACCAAGAAUCCAAGCAGUGCUAUAAUUAUGAAAUCAGAAUAUCAUGCUGCAGAUACAUACCAUGUUCAGAAGCACAAACUACAACACCCACAACCACAAGAGAAUUCACAACUACUGCUGUAGAAUCAACACCAUUUAAAGUACAGACAACAAUAAUACCAACAACACAAAAACAAGAAAGUGAAGUAACGACAACACCAACAAGGGAACGAGACAGAACGACUCCUCAGAGUGAAACAUCAGUAACAGCAACGACAACCCAAGUCUCAACAACAGGAUACCAAAUCACAACUACGACAGCAGGAACCUCCACUGUGGUGACUGAGACUACAACAUCUCUUACAACGCCCUCUGAAGUUAAAAUACAAACCACCACAGGAUCCACAGCUGGCCCCAGCACCACGGGUUCAGCGACAGAGGAAACAACCAUCAUCGCUACCACCACCAGCACAUCUCCCCCUCAGACUGAAGGUACAACCAUCAUCAUCCCAACAACAACAAGAGAGCCCACGCCAGCCACAAGCAUUGCCAGCACCUCCAGGACUACCGAGAGAAGCACCACAAGAGCCUCUGCCACAUCUGCUCCACGAGAAACCUCCACUGUGGUGACCGAGACUACAACAUCUCCCACAACACCCUCUGAAGUUAAAAUAAGAACCACCACAGGAACCACAGCUGGCCUCAGCGCAACCAUCAGCACGCCACCCACAACAACUUGGCCCACGCCAGCCACCACCACAAUCCGCAUCUCCAAUAGCACAGACAACUGCGUGGUGGAGCGCUGUGCCUGGACACAGUGGUUUAAUGUGGACUCCCCUACUCCAGGCAGUGAAAAUGGAGAUUCAGAGACAUUUGAAAACAUCAGAGCUGCUGGGUAUGAGCUGUGUGAUAAGCCUCAAGACAUCAAGUGCCGAGCUAAAGACUACCCUGACUCAAUUGUAAAAAUAAUGGAACAGAAAUUUGACUGCAGCCUUGACAGGGGGCUUGUGUGCAGAAAUAAGGACCAGACUCUCAAGUACCCCACGUGCUUUGACUACGAGGUCUCAGUGCUGUGCUGUGACCGAAAACACUGCCAGACAACAGUACCAACCACAGCAACCACUGUAAGCACCUCCACAACACACAUCCCAGCAGAAACCACCACAAUAGAAACACGACCUGCAGCAACACCAACUGCUCUCCCCACACACUCACAGCAAGUAAUAACAACCACCGUAGGAACAACAAGUACCCUCUCACCACAAGGAACCACCAUCAUCACCCCAAGAUACACAGAGCCGAUGAAAUUAAAAACCACAACAGGCAACACGGCUAUCCCCAGUACCAAGAGCUCAGCUGGACAGGAAACAACCAUCAUCUCUACGACCACCAGCACAUCUACCCCUCAGACUGAAGGCACAACCAUCAUCACCCCAACCACAACAAGAGAGCCCACACCAGCCACAAGCACUGCCAGCACCUCCAGGACCACUGCAGGAAGCACCACAGGAGCCUCUGCCACAUCUGCUCCAGAAGAAACUACCACUGCAGCAACCCAGACUACAAAACCUCUCACAACAACGUCCAGAGUUAAAAUAAGAACCACCACAGUGGGGCCCAGCACCACAGGCUCAGCCGGAGAGGAAACAACCAUCAUUGCUACCACCACCAGCACCUCUCCCCCUCAGACUGAAGGUACAACCACCAUCACCCCACCCACAACAACAGUGCCUACCCCAGCCACCAGCACUGCCAGCACCUCCAGGACCACUGCAGGAAGCACUGCAAGACCCUCUGCCACCUCUGCUUCAGGAGAAACCUCCACUGUGGCAACCCAGGCUCCAACAUCUCCCACAACACCCUCUGAAGUUAAAAUAAGAACCACCACAGGAUCCACAGCUGGACCCAGCACCACAGGCUCAGCUGGAAAGGAAACAACCAUCAUCGCCACCACCACCAGCACAUCUCCCCCUCAGACUGAAGGUACAACCAUCAUCAUCCCAAAAACAAGAGAGCCCACACCAGCCACCAGCACUGCCAGCACCUCCAGGACUACCGAGAGAAGCACCACAAGAACCUCUGCCACAUCUGCUCCAGGAGAAACAUCCACUGCGGCAACCCAGGCUCCAACAUCUCCCACAACACCCUCUGAAGUUAAAAUAAGAACCACCACAGGAUCCACAGCUGGCCCCAGCACCACAGGCUCAGCCGGACAGGAAACAACCAUCAUCGCUACCACCACCAGCACAUCUCCCCCUCAGACUGAAGGAACGACAACCAUCACCCCACCCACAACAACAGUGCCUACCCCAGCCACCAGCACUGCCAGCACGUCCAGGACCACUGCAGGAAGCACCACAAGAGCCUCUGCCACAUCUGCUCCACGAGAAACCUCCACUGUGGUGACCGAGACUACAACAUCUCUCACAACGCCCUCUGAAGUUAAAAUAAGAACCACCACAGGAUCCACAGCUGGCCCCAGCACCACAGGCUCAGCUGGAAAGGAAACAACCAUCAUCGCCACCACCACCAGCACAUCUCCCCCUCAGACUGAAGGUACAACCAUCAUCAUCCCAAAAACAAGAGAGCCCACACCAGCCACCAGCACUGCCAGCACCUCCAGGACUACCGAGAGAAGCACCACAAGAACCUCUGCCACAUCUGCUCCAGGAGAAACAUCCACUGCGGCAACCCAGGCUCCAACAUCUCCCACAACACCCUCUGAAGUUAAAAUAAGAACCACCACAGGAUCCACAGCUGGCCCCAGCACCACAGGCUCAGCCGGACAGGAAACAACCAUCAUCGCUACCACCACCAGCACAUCUCCCCCUCAGACUGAAGGAACGACAACCAUCACCCCACCCACAACAACAGUGCCUACCCCAGCCACCAGCACUGCCAGCACGUCCAGGACCACUGCAGGAAGCACCACAAGAGCCUCUGCCACAUCUGCUCCACGAGAAACCUCCACUGUGGUGACCGAGACUACAACAUCUCUCACAACACCCUCUGAAGUUAAAAUAAGAACCACCACAGGAUCCACAGCUGGCUCCAGCACCACAGGCUCAGCCGGACAGGAAACAACCAUCAUCGCCACCACCACCAGCAUAUCUCCCCCUCAGACUGAAGGUACAACCAUCAUCAUCCCAAAAACAAGAGAGCCCACACCAGCCACCAGCACUGCCAGCACCUCCAGGACUACCGAGAGAAGCACCACAAGAACCUCUGCCACAUCUGCUCCAGGAGAAACAUCCACUGCGGCAACCCAGGCUCCAACAUCUCCCACAACACCCUCUGAAGUUAAAAUAAGAACCACCACAGGAUCCACAGCUGGCCCCAGCACCACAGGCUCAGCCGGACAGGAAACAACCAUCAUCGCUACCACCACCAGCACAUCUCCCCCUCAGACUGAAGGAACGACAACCAUCACCCCACCCACAACAACAGUGCCUACCCCAGCCACCAGCACUGCCAGCACCUCCAGGACCACUGCAGGAAGCACCACAAGAGCCUCUGCCACAUCUGCUCCAGGAGAAACCUCCACUGUGGUGACCGAGACUACAACAUCUCUCACAACGCCCUCUGAAGUUAAAAUAAGAACCACCACAGGAUCCACAGCUGGCCCCAGCACCACAGGCUCAGCCGGACAGGAAACAACCAUCAUCGCUACCACCACCAGCACAUCUCCCCCUCAGACUGAAGGAACGACAACCAUCACCCCACCCACAACAACAGUGCCUACCCCAGCCACCAGCACUGCCAGCACGUCCAGGACCACUGCAGGAAGCACCACAAGAGCCUCUGCCACAUCUGCUCCACGAGAAACCUCCACUGUGGUGACCGAGACUACAACAUCUCUCACAACGCCCUCUGAAGUUAAAAUAAGAACCACCACAGGAUCCACAGCUGGCCCCAGCACCACAGGCUCAGCCGGACAGGAAACAACCAUCAUUGCUACCACCACCAGCACAUCUCCCCCUCAGACUGAAGGUACAACCAUCAUCAUCCCAAAAACAAGAGAGCCCACACCAGCCACCAGCACUGCCAGCACCUCCAGGACUACCGAGAGAAGCACCACAAGAACCUCUGCCACAUCUGCUCCAGGAGAAACAUCCACUGCGGCAACCCAGGCUCCAACAUCUCCCACAACACCCUCUGAAGUUAAAAUAAGAACCACCACAGGAUCCACAGCUGGCCCCAGCACCACAGGCUCAGCCGGACAGGAAACAACCAUCAUCGCUACCACCACCAGCACAUCUCCCCCUCAGACUGAAGGAACAACAACCAUCACCCCACCCACAACAACAGUGCCUACCCCAGCCACCAGCACUGCCAGCACGUCCAGGACCACUGCAGGAAGCACCACAAGAGCCUCUGCCACAUCUGCUCCACGAGAAACCUCCACUGUGGUGACCGAGACUACAACAUCUCUCACAACGCCCUCUGAAGUUAAAAUAAGAACCACCACAGGAUCCACAGCUGGCCCCAGCACCACAGGCUCAGCCGGACAGGAAACAACCAUCAUCGCUACCACCACCAGCACAUCUCCCCCUCAGACUGAAGGUACAACCAUCAUCAUCCCAAAAACAAGAGAGCCCACACCAGCCACCAGCACUGCCAGCACCUCCAGGACUACCGAGAGAAGCACCACAAGAACCUCUGCCACAUCUGCUCCAGGAGAAACAUCCACUGCGGCAACCCAGGCUCCAACAUCUCCCACAACACCCUCUGAAGUUAAAAUAAGAACCACCACAGGAUCCACAGCUGGCCCCAGCACCACAGGCUCAGCCGGACAGGAAACAACCAUCAUCGCUACCACCACCAGCACAUCUCCCCCUCAGACUGAAGGAACGACAACCAUCACCCCACCCACAACAACAGUGCCUACCCCAGCCACCAGCACUGCCAGCACGUCCAGGACCACUGCAGGAAGCACCACAAGAGCCUCUGCCACAUCUGCUCCACGAGAAACCUCCACUGUGGUGACCGAGACUACAACAUCUCUCACAACGCCCUCUGAAGUUAAAAUAAGAACCACCACAGGAUCCACAGCUGGCCCCAGCACCACAGGCUCAGCCGGACAGGAAACAACCAUCAUCGCUACCACCACCAGCACAUCUCCCCCUCAGACUGAAGGUACAACCAUUAUCAUCCCAAAAACAAGAGAGCCCACACCAGCCACCAGCACUGCCAGCACCUCCAGGACUACCGAGAGAAGCACCACAAGAACCUCUGCCACAUCUGCUCCAGGAGAAACAUCCACUGCAGCAACCCUUGCUCCAACAUCUCCCACAACACCCUCUGAAGUUAAAAUAAGAACCACCACAGGAUCCACAGCUGGCCCCAGCACCACAGGCUCAGCCGGACCGGAAACAACCAUCAUCGCUACCACCACCAGCACAUCUCCCCCUCAGACUGAAGGAACGACAACCAUCACCCCACCCACAACAACAGUGCCUACCCCAGCCACCAGCACUGCCAGCACCUCCAGGACCACUGCAGGAAGCACCACAAGAGCCUCUGCCACAUCUGCUCCACGAGAAACCUCCACUGUGGUGACCGAGACUACAACAUCUCCCACAACACCCUCUGAAGUUAAAAUAAGAACCACCACAGGAACCACAGCUGGCCUCAGCGCAACCAUCAGCACGCCACCCACAACAACUUGGCCCACGCCAGCCACCACCACAAUCCGCAUCUCCAAUAGCACAGACAACUGCGUGGUGGAGCGCUGUGCCUGGACACAGUGGUUUAAUGUGGACUCCCCUACUCCAGGCAGUGAAAAUGGAGAUUCAGAGACAUUUGAAAACAUCAGAGCUGCUGGGUAUGAGCUGUGUGAUAAGCCUCAAGACAUCAAGUGCCGAGCUAAAGACUACCCUGACUCAAUUGUAAAAAUAAUGGAACAGAAAUUUGACUGCAGCCUUGACAGGGGGCUUGUGUGCAGAAAUAAGGACCAGACUCUCAAGUACCCCACGUGCUUUGACUACGAGGUCUCAGUGCUGUGCUGUGACCGAAAACACUGCCAGACAACAGUACCAACCGCAGCAACCACUGUAAGCACCUCCACAACACACAUCCCAGCAGAAACCACCACAAUAGAAACACGACCUGCAGCAACACCAACUGCUCUCCCCACACUUCCACAGCAAGUAAUAACAACCACCGUAGGAACAACAAGUACCCUCUCACCACAAGGAACCACCAUUGUCACCCCAAGAUACACAGAGCCAAUGAAAAUAAAAACCACAACAGGAAGCACAGCUGGCCCCAGUACCACAGGCUCAGCCAGAGAGGAAACAACUGUCAUCUCUACCACCACCAUCACCUCUCACCCUCAGACUGAAGGUACAACCAUCAUCAUCCCAACAACAACAACAGUGCCUACCCCUGCCCCCAGCACCGCCAGCACCUCCACGACGACCUGGGAAAGCAGCACUCUAUCUACAGAAAAAACUCUUCAAACAGUAUUAUCCACUGUUGCUAUUCAAACAACAUCAACAAUUGCUGCCUCCACCCCUGAAAUAAAAUUGAAAACCACCACUGGCACAACGGUGGCCCCCAGCACCACAGGCUCAGCCGGAGAGGAAACAACCAUCAUUGCUACCACCACCAGCACCUCUCCCCCUCAGACUGAAGGUACAACCACCAUCACCCCACCCACAACAACAGUGCCUACCCCUGCCACCAGCACUGCCAGCACCUCCAGGACUACUGAGAGAAGCACCACAAGAGCCUCUGCCACCUCUGCUCCAGGAGAAACCUCCACUGCGGCAACCCAGGCUCCAACAUCUCCCACAACACCCUCUGAAGUUAAAAUAAGAACCACAACACCCUCUGAAGUUAAAAUAAGAACCACCACAGGCACCGCAGCUGGCCCCAGCACCACAGGCUCAGGUAGAGAGGAAACCACCAUCAUCACUACCACCACCAGCCCUGCCUCCACUUCACCUGAAAUAAGAUUAAUAACCACUUCUGGCCCCUCAUCUGUGCUCACUACAACUCUUCCUCAGUCUGGAAUUACCACAGGGGAAGUGGUAUACAACAGAACAGAUAGAGCUGGCUGUAAUUUUUAUGCACUUUGCAGCAAGGAAUGUGAGAUUGAGCCCUUCUACGGGCCAUGUCAUCUGACAACUCCUGCUCCUUCAGUCGCCUCAACUACAUCACAAGCUGCCUCACCAACCACAGCAACAACCACCACAAUUUCAGUAGAAAGAAACUGCACUGAUGUCAAUCCUGCACGAAAGCCUGGAGAGGAGUGGAUAGAAGAAUGCCAGAAAUGUGUCUGUGAUUCCCUCACUGCUACUGCACAAUGCCAGCCACUCCCAUGCCAAACAGCUCAGCAAACAACUUGUGACCUAGGAUUUGUUUCCAUGGCUGUAAUACCACAAAAAGACCCAUGUUGUCCUGAAUUUGAAUGCAAACCAAUACCUGAUGUCUGUGUGAUUAAUGGAACAUUGUACACGGUUGGAAAGUCAGUAGUAAUCGAUUCAUGUAAGAAGUGUACCUGCAGUUCUGAGAAGGAUCCAGAGACUAAUGCAAACAUUAUGCAUUGUGAAACAGUUCAGUGUGAGACAUCUUGCCCACUGGGUUACCAAUACAUGAUUGAGGAAGGAGAGUGCUGUGGGAAGUGUAUUGAAGUAGCUUGCAAAGUCAAACUCAGUAACAACACUGUUCAUGUCCUCAAUGUUAAUGAGAUCCUGCCACUCGAUCAGUGCAGCAACUACAAAUGUGAAAAAAUUGAAGAUCAGUUUGUUGCAGUCCAAACGAAAAGAGUAUGCCCUGAGCAUGACCCCGAAGAGUGUGAUCCUGAUGAAACAGAGAUUACAUCUGAUGGCUGCUGCAAAAUAUGUAAACCUAAAACCUGCAAGCCUUACACCAAGGAAACUGUGAUCCGCCAUGCUGACUGUGAGUCUUCUGGACCUGUUCAGGUCUCAUACUGUGAAGGAACUUGUCCUAGCUCCUCAAUGUACUCUCUUGAAGCAAACCAGAUGGAACACGAGUGUGGUUGCUGCCAGGAACUCAGCACCCAAACAAGAGAUGUGACCCUGACUUGCCAAAAUGGAACCAGCAUAAAUUAUACCUAUCUCUACGUGGAAAACUGCCAGUGUGUGAAUGCUUGCCCUUCAGAAACCACUGCAGCACCUGACUCCCAAUUCCAACAAUCUAGAAAAUAUGGCUCCCAAUUGCAGCAGGCUGUAUCACUUGGUUCCCAAUGGCAACUCAGCUGA